CUUCCUCUUCUGACAGGAAGUCGCCUUUUGAUGACAUUGCUUUGCAGGCACUAAACAUAAGAGACGUCACCGAGUCGUCUCGUGCGAUGAGACCACGAGAUGAAGAAACAGAUUAAGAAUAGAUGCAGAAACAGGACUGCCGGAGGCCUGGAAACGCUGCAGCCGUGUCCUGGCAGUGAACCAGGUCCAAGCGGGGCCCUGCAACACCUACAGACUCCCGAGACACUUGCAUCACCCGAGCCGGAGAUCUGCCGCCCUGCGGUGCGCGUCCUUUCCAGCCGGUCACCGGAGGAUGAAUUCCGGAACGGACGCUUUAAACCAGCUGAUAACGAGAUGUUUGGGACGCAAGAAGAAGGAAAGACCUUUCAGAGACACAGAAUCCGGUACAGAAAGAGCGGAGGGGAGAAAUUCACCAUCGAAGCCAAGUCACUGAUAAUCAGCGUGAGCAACGUGGAUGGCGAGUGUGACCGGGCUCUAACACGGCUGGGACACGGUGAGGCCCACGCGGGCGUUGCUGCUCUGGAGCGGACAGUCUGGUGUGGUGUGUCACACGCGAAGGAUUUGGAUUCAGUGCCCGCGUUGUGUGGGUUUGGUUAUGGGCAGGCGUGCAUAAUGAAUGAGUUGGCGUGUAGUAAACAUGGUGGCGGUGGAAGGAAGAACACGCCUGAGGUGGCUGCCGUCACGGAAAACAGAGACUUCAUUACCGAAAAAAACACAUGUCCUGUUGUCACUCUCUUCACGAGACUGGAAGCUCGGGAUUCGAAAGCGGAGCCGGGAAAAAGUGACACGUCCCAGAGACAAGCGAAUAGGGAGUGUCCGCAUGCCUCGGCCGCACCGCUGAGGAGGAAGCACCUGGCGUGUAAUGUCAGCAGGAAGACAUCAAAAAGGCAGAAGAAGAGAGCUGUCUGGACAUCUUAUGCCUGUCCGGGAUGCGGCAAAACGCUGUAUGCGAGCAGAAGGCAGCAGGAAGCCGCGCCGCGGCCCACGAGGAAGCCGGUACAUGCGCAGCACGGACGCCUCUGCUUUCUCUGUCUGAAAAAAAAGAAGCUACCAAACAGCAACGUGCGGCAGGCCUAUAUCUGCGUGGUGUGCGGCAAGCAGUUUGUGCAGCAGACGGUGCUGGCGUUACACCUGCAGAGCCACGUACAGGAUAAGCGCUGUUUCUGCGCCAUCUGUGGGAAGGGGUUCGUUCAGCAGUCGCUGCUCCUGAUCCACGAGAAGACGCACAUGGAGCGGCAGCCUCACCGGUGCCUGGCCUGCGGACAGAUGUUUUAUGUUAAAGAGCUGUUUGUUGCGCAUCAGAGAUCGCACAGAGAGAAGAAGCAGCAUCGCUGUAAGCACUGCGGGAAAUGCUUCGCAGAUAAGACCAGCCUUGGGAUCCACGGCCGGAUCCACACGGGAGAGAAGCCCUUUCCGUGUUCCGUGUGUGGGAAGCGCUUCACUCAGCACUCCACACUCGUGUCCCACCAGAGGAUCCACACCGGGGAAAAGCCCUUCGCCUGCACGGAGUGUGGCCGUCAGUUCACUGACCGCUCGGCAUAUGCCAGCCACAGGAGGACACACACAGGGGAGAAGCCCUUUAGCUGUGAGGUGUGCGGGAAGAGGUUCGCUCAGAGCUCCAACCUGCGCAGACACGAGCGCAUCCACACAGGGGCCAAACCCUAAGCUUGCAGCGUGUGCGGGAAGACUCAUUGAGAAUGGCAAGCUUCAGGCCCAUGUGAGCAGCCACCUGUCCAGCCAUUCAGAGCGCCUUUCCCUGACUCCAUCCCAGCCUCUACGUGUUACAACGUUAUAUUUUUAAUGUCUGACAAGCUUUAUUAAUAAACAACGAUACAUUAU